GGUUAGAAUUCGGUCGUACUCACUUAGCUAAUGCUAUUAGCCGAGCUAAUUUAACUUGAAAAACCAGGUAAUUUAACUCACUUUAAAUGAUGUGUUAAUGACAAGGAACGUUUUGUCGCCAAAUUUAUAGUUUAUUUAUUUGAUAAAUGAAAAAAGCAACUUUUACCCGUCGAAAGUCAGACUUGAUGCUAGCUAGUUUUUAACCAUUUAAGCUAACGUCAGUUCAGUUCGGGGGACUGCCGGAGAAACGCAGUGAGGAAUCCAGCGGUUGUGAAGAACACUUAUUCGAGAAUAAACCAGCGGGGAUCCAAACGACACCGGAGUAAUUAUCCCUGCAUUGUUGUGGAGGAAGCUCGGAGGAGGGGAUGGAUGCAAGCAAGCGAGCAGAGGCGCACCGAGGCAGCUUUCUGACAGACCCAGCUCCCCUGUGAUGCAGCUGUUUAUGCUGGCUGUGAAAAAACCCCGGACGCCCCGACGACUGCUUUUAAGACGCUAACGGGCGAGAAAUCAGCCUGCUAUUUGUUAUUCUGCACGUGUUGGGAUUGCAUAUGAAGAGCGGAGAAAGCCAUGUAGCCAGUGUACUCUCUGCCACAGAGAACACACCGCCGCUUUGAUUUUCUCUUUCAGAUUUCCCUUUUUUCCUCGCCGUGGUGAUUUGUCCGAUUGUUUUCUUCCUCCUCGACCGUGCUCUGUGUUUUUUUUUGCAGACCUGCCCAGUGCUUUUGCUUUUUGUUUUGAGCGUGGAAGCCAAAUACCAACUCGGUGAUAUUACAGGAGUGUGCGAGGAGAGGACAGCGUUGGCAUCUAUCCAUGCGCGCUCCACACCGGGCUAUUUAUUAUGGAAGUGUGACCCCAGCCGAGGUACUACACACGCUUUCCCCCAUACUUUCUCCAAGUGUUUUCAUGUAAGGACCGGGUAUUUUGAGGAUAUCUUGGAUAAAAUGCUCUGAAUGUCGGGGUAUUUUGCCGGCUGUCAGUGACGCAACAUCUCACACAGACUGCAUGAGAAAUACAUGCGUAGAAGGGCGUGAACUUGCAGACACUAACCUCCUUGCCAUUAAUAAAGCGUCUGCCUGUCUAUAAAGCCACUUUCCUCCGUUUGCAAUCCCAUAGCCUUCAUUCAUCUAAACUCAUCCCGGGGACAUAAUGGAUCUCAAAGCGGACUCGGAGGACAUGGACUACAAGCGGCCGGCUCCUAUUGAAGUUUUCGCCAGCAGGUCCACGCUGCAUGGCAUCUCGCACAUGUUCACUUAUGAGCGGAUGUGUAUCAAGCGCACCCUGUGGAUUUUGUUCUUCCUGAGCUCCUUGGGUGUGCUGGUGAUGGUGUGCGUGGACCGGGUGCAGUUCUACUUCCAGUACCCUCAUGUCACCAAGCUGGACGAGGUGGCGGCUCCGCAGAUUGUGUUCCCCUCUGUCACCUUCUGCAACCUCAACUCCUUCCGCUUCAGCCGGGUGACGCGCAACGACCUGUACCAUGCUGGGGAGCUGCUUGCCUUGCUCAACGGCAGGUAUGAGAUCCGGGACCCGCACCUUGUGGAGGAAAAUGUCCUGCAGAUCCUGAAGGAGAGGGCUGACUUCGACAACUACAAGCCCCGCCCCUUCAACAUGCGCGAAUUCUAUGACCGGACGGGCCACGACAUCAAGGACAUGCUGCUCUCCUGUUACUACCGAGGCAUGGAGUGCAGUGCCGAAGACUUCAAAGUGAUAUUCACACGCUAUGGAAAGUGCUACACUUUCAAUUCAGGCCAAGAUGGACGACCCCUCCUGGUGACGAUGAAGGGUGGAAUGGGCAACGGCCUGGAGCUGAUGCUGGAUAUCCAGCAGGAUGAAUACUUGCCUGUGUGGGGAGAGACUGACGAGACAUCGUUUGAAGCAGGGAUCAAAGUUCAGAUCCACACCCAGGAUGAGCCGCCGUUCAUAGACCAGCUGGGCUUUGGAGUGGCGCCGGGGUUUCAGACCUUUGUCUCCUGUCAGGAACAACGGCUGACAUACCUGCCUCCACCGUGGGGAGACUGCAAGGCCACAGCGAUGGACUCAGACUUCUUCAGCACUUAUAGCAUCACGGCCUGCCGGAUCGACUGUGAGACACGAUAUCUGGUGGAGAACUGCAACUGCAGGAUGGUCCACAUGCCCGGAGAUGCCCCAUACUGCACCCCAGAGCAGUACAAGGAGUGUGCAGAUCCUGCCUUGGACUUUCUCGUGGAGAGAGACAAUGACUACUGCGUGUGCGAGACGCCGUGCAACAUGACGCGCUAUGGGAAAGAGAUGUCCUUUGUCAAGAUACCCAGCAAAGCGUCAGCCAAGUACCUCGCCAAGAAAUUUAACAAGACAGAGCAGUACAUAUCUGAUAACAUUCUGGUUCUGGAUAUCUACUUUGAGGCGCUGAACUACGAAACCAUUGAACAAAAGAAAGCCUACGAAUUGGCAGGCCUUCUGGGUGAUAUCGGAGGUCAGAUGGGUCUCUUCAUCGGAGCCAGCAUCCUUACCAUUCUCGAACUCUUUGACUAUUUAUAUGAGGUGAUCAAGUACAAGCUGUGCCGAUGCGUGAAGAAGAAACACAAAGGCCGCAACAACAAUGACCGGGGAGCUGUGCUGAGCCUGGAUGAUGUGAAACGCCAUGCUCCUUGCGAGAACCUGCGUACACCAUCGACAUAUCCUGGCAACAUGCUACCUCAUCACCCGGGCCAGGGCAACUUUGAAGACUUCACUUGCUGAGCAGACCCGGGUGGAGCAACGAAGUGCGUGUUAUGCAACCAAAGCCAACCAUACAACAAGAACUAUCCAGCACGGGGAGUGUGAGGAACUGAUACAAAGUCUAACAGAGGCACUUUUUACAUAGAAAGGGAGUAAAGCGGACAAAUCAUAUACAAUAAAGAACUGUCACCCGAGGCCAAAUGGAGAGGAUUUCCCAAAUAUUUAAAAAAAAAAAAAAAAAAAAAAAAUCUGUCAAUUUUCCGGAGAACAUCUCAUGCAGCACUCUAAACUCUUCUGUCUCUGUGUUUUCCUCUGGAAUACUGCCGCAAAGGAUGCUCGUGGAGGAGAACCUCGCCAACACGGACCUCUCUUUCAAAAGACAAAAAAAUAAAAUGUAAAAAUAAACAAUGGAACAUUUACAGCUAUCUCACCAUCGACAGCAGAUCAUAAAAAGAGCCCUCCAUGCCUUUAUAUAACACAGCAGCAACAACAACACGAUGGUUUCACACAACACUGGCCUGCUAGUGGGACAAAUAUUCAUACUGCUUACUCCACUGUACAUGUAGCAACAUCUGUAACUGUUGCAGCGCUCCAUAGAACAACAGCUGGACUCUGUGUAGUUUGUACGAGAAUGUAUCUUUGUUCACGGUCGGUGUAGGUGGGUAUGCAGGGAGAUGUUCGGGCGGCUUGUGGUGGCAGUGGGUAGUGGUAGAGGUGCGUCGUCUACCAUUUGAAAUGUACUGGUGAUGAUUUCAGGUCUCAUCAUGUAAAUGCAUGCUUGUACUUGUCCAGUGCAUGUUAUUCAUUUCAUCGUUUCAAUUAUAAUUUUCUUUACAUAUAUAUAAAUAUAUAUACUGUAUAUAUAUAAUAUAUAUAAACUAUAUAUACUGUAUAUAUACUGCAUAUAUAAAAAAAUUAUAAUUACCAAGUUUGCCUCAAUGAUAUACAGUAAAGGGAGAUCAUACACUCAAUAUAUUUCUGUGUGUGUGUGUGUGUGUGUGUGUGAGCGUGUGUGAGCGUGUGUGAGCGUAUGUGCACUUGUACUUGCCACAUAGUGGGGACCGAAACACGUUUUUAACCAACACGGUGAGGACAUCUUUGAAAAGUGAGGACAUUUUGGGCAGUCCUCACUUCUUCAAAAGCCCGUUUGAGGGUUAAGACCAUAGACUGUAUAAAAUGAUAGACACAGCUACCGUGACAUCGCACAUUGGUUUGUGGACUCCCAUUUUGAAGCCUCAAGUUUGGCAUUUCGGCCGUCACAAUCUCGUUUUUUCUUUUAUGGAGCCAGAGGUGACAAUAUCUGGAUGAGAAGGGAUGAGAGGAGUUAGGGGAAUGGGGGAAAUAAUUAGCUAUUGAGACCAAAACCAUUUUUGUACCAGGCUGUAAACAUGUUAAUUUCUGCUCUAAAGUUAGAAAUUUUAACACAGGGGUCUAUGGGAAUUGACUGGCUUCUGGAGCCAGCCUCAAGUGGCCAUUCAAGGAACUGCAGUUUUUGGCACUUCCACGUUGGCGUCAUUUUUCCGCCCCAGAGGUUGCCACUUCGUUGAGGCUUGUUUUUAAGGCUCAGCUUAGAAUUGGGUUUAGGUUAGGGUAAGGGUUUCGAUUAGGCAUUUAGUUGUAAUGGUAAAGGUAAGGCGCUAGGGAAAGCAUUGUGUCAAUGAAUGUCCUCACAAAGAUAGGAGUACAGGGGUGUGUGUGAAAGUGUGUGGGCUCACGUGCCCUCAUCAGUACCCACACAGGUACAGCGUGUUUGUUGACUGUGCAGCGGAUGAGUGAGCUACACCUAAUUUCAUAUCUCAUCCGUUUGUUUUUUUCAUUUCCACAUGUGCCCGACGAGUCGAGGAGUCUUCAUUCAACUUCAUUAAACUCUUAUCUCGACUGCAGGACGAGGGGAGGUGGGUCUUUUUUUCAGGAGUUGAUUGCUGAAAUCCUUGGAGUUUUGUGGGGCUGUUAAAAAAAUUCUGUAUCUGUGUUCUAGUUGCAAAAGUCUUAUCAAAGCACAAUACCGCCAGUAUGUAGAGGUGAUGUAAAAGACAACGUAAUAUUCUUCUUGAUAUAUUGUCAUAUUAUUAAUAUCGUGUUGAUCCGACUAUUUUCAGUUGGGUUUUCUUUCUUUCUUUCUUUCUUUCAUAUAAAACAUACUCAAUAUUGCCUGAUAAUCCUGUCUCCAUCUUCCAGGCAAAAGGCUGGUCUAUUUAGUUAUCAAAGCAUAAAUAAAAUGUAAAUAUCAUUUUUGAAAAUUGUUAUUCUUCUGAGGUUUUAUUCUUAUCAGUAAAUUCCCUCUCUGAAGCCUUUAUUUGUCCGUUCGGUUGAAUGAGUAAACAGAGGGAAAGCAAUGUAUUUUUCAACUCCAGAUACUGUGCAAAUGUUCAUUUUUAAUCGCAAGUAGCUCUCAGAAAAUCUGAUUAGACAUUCUGCGCUUCAUCUACGGCAUUUUUGCUAUCUCCAUUUUCUCUAAUCAACAUUUUAUCUUGUGUUUUGCUCCAUACAACAUUUUUUCGGAAUUAAAUCAGCAUUGAGCAUUAAGGGUUUAGGGGGAGGCAGGAGCCUGGUAUUAAACUAGAUAUUACUUAUCUACUUCAGCCAUUCAUUUGCAUUGCAGUUUUACGGCUGAAAGCCACAACAUUGGUGUUUUUGAGCUCCAUACGCUUGAAAUGUAAUUACAGUUUCUGCUGCUGUAUGACAAAAGGAUGGAUGAGAAAUAUCCUGCACAGCCAAUACAACUUUUAUCAAGAUUGUCAGUCAGCCAGCAGCCGCACAUUCUGGACGGCUCCUUCUCUCGUAUUCUACUGUACAUCUGGUGCUGCCAGCUGCCACACUUGUAUUAGAAAAGCGGCUUGGUGAUGCAUGACUCUGUGAAUAUUAGAGCCCAGUUAUGCGCCCUUAAACAUGGUCUGCCUUGAAAUCAUGUUUAUUGCUCGGCCGGCUGCUCACCAGUCCACUGCUACCAGACACCAAGGGUUACUCUAGGACAGGAAGUUUACUUUUACCUAAUGAUUUUUUCAUGAUUUCUUUUAGUGGGGAAACCAAACAUCAACAUUGUUCAUCAAAUGUGAGCGUGCAUUCAUUUUUUAUUAUUCAGAGGAGAAACCUCAGCUGGUAACCACGCAUUAAUAUACAAGCGUUAAAGCUCCCGGGAACCAGCUUCAACAUCUGAUGAAGAUUUUUCCUGUUUUGAAUGUCUGAAACAUGAUGUUGCCCCCUGAUGGUUUUAUUAUUUUCUGUUGUACCUGCCAAGAAGACAAAUUAAUCAAGAAAUAAAAGAUG